AUGAUUUAAUUUUUGACUUUACAAGAAUUACGAACCAAACAAAUCUGAGAAGAGGAAUUGAAAGUCAAGAAAAAUUGAAUAAUAAUGAAAAUAAUGAAGACAAUGAUGGUGAAAACGAUGAUGGCAAUGGUAGUGAAAACAAUGGUGAAAACAAUGGUGAUGACAAUGGUGAAAACAAUGGAGAAAAGGAAGAAACUGAAAACAUUAAUGAAAAUAAAAAUGGUUUAGUUUUUGAUAAUUACUAUAAAGAAGGCGAAGAAUUAUCGAUCAUUCAAGAUUGGGACUAA